ACUAUAAAGGGUGCGCGUUCAGCACCGCCUCUUGAGUAUCCCCUCGAGAUUGAAAAAGAAAGGUUCGUUUUUGGGGGUAACGCGGGGAGACCCAGGCCGGGACCAAGGGCGAGAAAAAGAUGACGAUGCGAAACCCGGGCCUGUCGUGGCUGGGCCUCGCGGUUUCGCUGGCCUUCGCGCGUCCCCUGCUGAGCGCUCCUCCAACGGAAGGCCCGGGGUACGCGGCACCAGAGGAUCCGCUGGAUUCGGCCGGGCUCGGCUCGUUGAAAGAUGGCCUGAAUGUUCUCUUGAUCAUCGUGGAUGACCUUCGGCCUGCCCUAGGCUGCUAUGGAGAGGCUCUCGUGAAAUCUCCAAACAUUGAUCAGCUGGCCUCUCGUAGUGUGGUGUUCCAAAACGCCUUUGCCCAACAAGCCGUCUGUGCCCCGAGUAGGGUGUCUUUCUUAACUGGUCGGAGACCCGAUACUACCAGAGUGUAUGACUUCAAUUCCUACUGGAGAGUCCAUUCGGGAAACUAUUCUACAAUCCCUCAGUAUUUCAAGGAGAAUGGCUACGUGACUUUGUCAGUUGGAAAAGUGUUUCACCCUGGAAUUUCUUCUAACCACAGCGAUGAUUUUCCAUACAGCUGGUCAGUUCCACCUUUUCAUCCGUCCUCUGAACAGUAUGAAAAUAGCAAGACAUGUAAAGGUCAGGAUGAAGAACUGCAUGCCAACUUGAUUUGCCCUGUGGAUGUUGCUGAUGUGCCUGAAGGAACCUUGCCUGAUAAACAAAGCACAGAAGAAGCCAUCCGAUUACUGGAAAAGAUCAGAAAAACCAAUAGUCUUUUCUUUCUGGCUGUUGGCUAUCAUAAACCUCACAUCCCAUUCAGAUACCCCAAGGAAUUUCAGAAGCUGUAUCCCUUGGAAAAUAUUACUUUGGCUCCUGAUCCUCAGAUUCCUGCUGGACUACCUCCUGUGGCAUAUAACCCCUGGAUGGAUAUCAGGGAGAGGGAAGACGUCCAGGCCUUAAACAUCAGUGUUCCCUAUGGCCCAAUUCCUACAGAGUUUCAGCGGAAAAUCCGUCAGAGUUAUUUUGCGUCCAUUUCUUACUUGGAUUCACAAGUCGGUUACCUGUUAAGUGCUUUGGAUGAACUUCAGCUCUCUAACAACACAAUUGUUGCCUUUGUAUCUGAUCAUGGAUGGGCUCUGGGUGAACAUGGAGAAUGGGCCAAGUACAGCAAUUUUGAUGUAGCCACUCAAGUGCCCUUGAUGUUUUAUGUCCCUGGAAAGACUGCUCCAUUUACUUCUCCUGGAGAGAAGCUUUUUCCUUACAUUGAUCCCUUUGACUCAACAUCAGACGUGAUGGUUCCAGGAGGGCAAGCCAUGGAGCUUGUUGAACUUGUGUCUCUUUUUCCGACUCUCUCGGAACUUGCCGGAUUGAACGUACCCCGACGAUGCCCAUUUGAUUCAUUUAACAUUGAGCUGUGUAGAGAAGGACCAAGCCUUGUUAGAUAUUUAAACAUCACCAAAUGGGAAAGAGACUCUUAUGACAGCACCAGGAAACCCCUUGACCUCGUGGCAUACAGCCAGUAUCCACGGCCUGCAGAUACCCCUCAGUGGAAUUCUGAUAAGCCACAUUUAAAAGAUAUAAAAAUUAUGGGGUAUUCCAUACGUACAGUAGACUACAGGUUUACCGUAUGGGUCAGCUUCAACCCUGAGAAUUUCACUGCCAAUUUUACUGACAUCCAUGCAGGUGAACUGUAUUUUGUAGACAGUGACCCCCUGCAGGAUCAUAAUGUUUAUAACCAGACCAUGGGCACAUAUUAAAACUCACUGGGUCAUUGGGCCAUAAGUUUUAUAUAACUAAAUGGAUUUUUGUUUACAGUUUUUUUUUUACAUUUUCCUCCUCCCUACCCUACAUGGUGGAUGUGAGAAUGAAUUAGAGAUUUUGUGACAUUUUGGCACUAACAGAGGUGACGUGGAGAGCAGAGUUGAGAAGGAGGAUAGAUUUCAAGGAUCCGUAGUUUAUUACAGCAAAACCUUAUUAAUUUAGGUUUCUUUAAUUUGGAAUUUGUGAUCAUUCGGACUGAGGGCUAGCUUAUUGAUGAAGAAAAGGUUUGCUAGAAAAUGAAUAGCCUAAAGGAAAGGGAGAAAUAUAGAACUAUUAAAGAAAAUAAAAUGUUUUGAAACCUCCAUUGAUAGACAAACAUCCUGCCACCAUUAUGAUGCCUUUCUGUGAGUGAUAUUAGGAUGCAGUGUUUAUAAAAAUUCAUUUUCUCCCUUAUAAAUUUAACAUUUUUGAGGUCAUUCAUGUUUAUAAAGUUGUGAGGCUGGCCAUGGAAUUUAGCGACUAGCGUAAUGGAUGACUGUUUUCUUACCUCCAGCCUGUGAAAAUAUUCAUGCGGUUUCAUCCAUCAGGGAACCUGCCAUUUAAAGGUGUUGUCUGAUCCUCCAGCAAGGCUUUGCACAGACAGGGAUCUUCCAUUAUGAUCACAGUUUCUUGGGGUGUUAAUAUAGCAGUUCUUACUCUUAACCCUGACCAGUCAUCAUUCAGUGUCUUCCAACUCCAAAAAGCUCUGAUCUGGGAUUCUAGAAUGCUGUUCACUGAAUGAUGAAAAGGCACCCGUGUUUAAAUGACUUCUGCCCUGAGUGUGGGUCUACCGUGCUUCAGAGCAGCCUGAGUUUUUAUUCUGGAAUGUGUGCGAUGGGCCUGGGUCUCAGCCGUGCUGCUCUGCGCCUGAGAGGGUGCCUGAGCUGGAGACAACCAAUGGAUCUUUCGGUUGCUCUGGGUGAAGUUUCGGGAACCUCCUGAAAUGCUUUUCUGCACAUCCUGUUGUGUGCACAGCCCAGGCUUUUGUUGCAGCCAAGCAGCAGGAUGAAAAAGAAUAGCAUAGUCAGUGCAGAAAACAAAGAAUCCAGUGCUUCUGGAUAUAAUAGGAAGAAAGAGUUAGGAUGUAGACAAAGUAAAGAGCAAAGAACAAAAGUUAACCAGUUUUUCUUCCACUGUCCCUUAAGUCAGAGACUAUUAUUUAUGAGGGUAAGAGGGGUUCCCAGCUAUAAUGAGACUGACAUUUACCAAACCCUUGUUCUAAUUUAUUGUUGCUGUUAUACUAGUGUGUUUUCUAAAACCUUUGCUGGUGAUUUAUAGGCAGAACUCAUUAUUUACUUAACAGGUUUUCAGAAUUCAUCUCUUGCACACUAUUGAAAAAUGUACCCUGGUAUUUGUGUUAAGUGCGUCGGGACUUAUCAUAUGAAUAAAUCAUAUUAAAUUUGCUAUUA